UCGAAAGAAACGGUUUUGAAUUUUUAAAAGUUCCUUUAAAAGUUUUUAGUUUGUAUUUUGUAAUGAUUACUUACUUUUGCCAAAAAAUAAUUUAUAUUUAUAUCUAAAUAAUACGUAUUCAAACUCCUUAAAAAUCAAGCUUUUUAGACGUAAGAUUAUCAAUAACACCAUGUCGCAACAACAAACGAAAAACUGCAUUACGUUACGAGGAUCUGCGCAAAUAAUUUGCGAAUAUUUGAAGUUUGCAAUCAAUUCUGUUCUAUUUCAAAGAGGAUUAUACCCACAUGAAACAUUCAAAGCAGAACAACAAUAUGGAAUAACUUUACUCAUAUCAGAAGAUCCACAAAUCAAGAAUUUUCUAAAUAAUCUUUUGUCACAAAGUGAAGAAUGGAUAAUCAACAAGAAAGUGAACAAGCUAUCACUAGUAAUUUUGAACGUAGCGAACAAAGAAAUCUUAGAAUGCUGGGAUUUCAACAUACAGUAUGAAGAUGGUGAUGUUGCAUUAUCAAAAGAGAAAAACGAACAAGUCGGUAGCAAAGAUCUCAAGAAGAUACAGCAAGAAAUACGGGCUGUAAUGCUUCAAGUAGCUGCUACAAUAUCAUACCUACCGUUCUUAGACUAUAGGUGCUCUUUUGAUGUGCUAGUGCAUGCGAAGACGGACUGUGAUAUACCAGAAAAGUGGUCGGAAGCUGAGCCUAUAGCCAUAGCAAAUGCACAAAAUGUCCAGCUUAAGUCUUUCUCGACGAGUUUGCAUAAAAUGGAGACAGUGGUUAGCUAUAAACUCGCUGAUUAAUGUAGUGUAAGUUUAAGUGUAAGUCCUAUUUAUUGAAACUCAAUUUUGAUGAUAAAGGCUUAAAUAUCAAAUAUUGUAUGGAAUUCUUUGAUAUUGUAACAAGCUCUACUGGAUUUAUACAUGUAAAUGUGUGGCAAAGAAAUUAUAUAAAUUCAUAAAUAAUUUAAGUGACAUUUCUCAAACAACGUAACCAAGGGAAAAUCCUUUUUUAGCUACUAUUGUUGAAUCAACAUUUGCAUAAUACAAUUGUUUUUUAAUGUAAACUAGGUAUAUAUUAAAUAAAAAAAUUAUUAAUCGCAACUAGUUCCCACAUCUAACUGUCAAUUAGUUAAACAAAGAGUAAUUUUUACUGUUAAGUAUAAUUUUUUAAAAAUAGGUCUGUCAAAAAGAAAAACAUAAGGAACUCUAAAAAUACAUUAGCUUUGCGAGUAGAUUUAUCAUGUUUAAAUUACUGACAUAAGAUACACCAAAAAAAUAGUGUUAUAAUUACAACUCUUUUUAAGUGAAAGCUGCUGCAAUGUGUAUAGUUUAUAUAGCUCUCAUUGACAGUAUUAAUGACAUAAUCUAUAAAAUUAAAUCAUCAAAAAUUCUAAAAUCAUUUAUGCUACCCACAGCACAAAGCGCACACCGCACAGCCAAAGGGCAUUUUUACACACUUUAUAUUAGCUUCACCUG